UGGAAAUGGAUCAAAGGCGUUUCCGCGAACACGCGCGGCGGCGGCCCCGCAGAGCUUCCCCUCCCUUCUCCUCUCCUCCCCUGCUUGCCCGYCGGGAGGGCUCGGCUCCGCUCCCCUCCCUCCCCCGGCCAUGGCAGCAUGGACGCGGCCGUGCUGGGCACAGCUAUUUAUACCUCUUUUUUUUUUUCCCCUCCCCUCGUGGCUGAUAGAGGAAGACUGAUGCGAGCACAAUACGAUUCCAGGAAUCCCUCACUUCCUGGAACAGAUUAAAAGGGACACACAAAAGAUUACUAAGGAGGUUUGCUUUUUUUUUUUUCUUCCACGGAGCUUCAUUUCUCCGGAGCCAGCGCUAAGACAGGUCGCUGCUCCGGCUCUUCCCGCAGCACUCGGGGAGAUCUUAUUUAUUGGUACCUAUUUAUUACUACUUCAGAGUGCUCUGAAGGAAGAUUUGUUCCUCUUCAAAUAUAUAUAAUUUCUUUUUUUUCUCUUAUUUUUUAAACUUUUUUUUUUGUUGUUGUUGCUGCUUUCUGAAAAGCAGAACAAGAAUACAUUAUUUUUUUUCUAAAGCACUGAGAGUGCACGUAUUUUCUUGGCCAAAGUUGCUUAAGUCUUCGUCGGACAGCUCGUCUUCUUGGGUUUUCUUGCGACUGAAACAACCUGCAGAAGGGUUUGCUGGGACUCGCCAGCCUUCUCUCACCGUGAAGCCCAACUAGAGGCUGAACUCGCCGCUUCRGCUUCGGGGAAGCAAAGAAGGCAAGAGGAGAAAGCAUUUCCCACUUUCUUGAAGACUUAAUGCUUUUCCCUUGGUCCGGGAGUGACAUGAUCCUCUGUGUUCAGGGACCUCAUCCUUUGCUGGCAGAGGAGAAGAUCAGGAGACUGUCACUCAGGGGCAUUGAGGAAUUGUCAGAGCCCAUCAUGCAGCCUCUCCCAGUUAUGGCCUUCCAGGAGGAGUCUGCACCUGCCCUUGCAGCUCCAGUUCCAGAGAGCAACCCACCUCAGACACGGGACCCUGAAGAGGACCUUCUCUGCAUUGCAAAAACCUUCUCCUACCUGCGAGAAUCUGGUUGGUACUGGGGCUCCAUCACCGCCAGUGAGGCCAAGCAGCACCUGCAGAAGAUGCCUGAGGGCACCUUCCUGGUGCGAGACAGCACCCACCCCAGCUACCUGUUCACACUGUCCGUCAAGACAAACCGAGGGCCCACCAACGUGCGCAUCGAGUACACUGACAGCAAGUUCCGCCUGGACUCCAACUACCUGUCCAAACCCCGCAUCCUGGCCUUCCCAGAUGUGGUCAGUCUCAUCCAGCACUAUGUCAUGUCCUGCACAACAGAAAGCAAGACCGAGGCUCCUUACCCGCCUCCGUCUCCUCUACCUCCCCUGCAGAAGGAGAUGGCAGCAGCCGCAGUACACUUGAAGCUCAUCCGGCCGCUGGGCCGCAAGGACAGCAUUCCCAGCCUGCAGCACCUGUGCCGCCUGCGCAUCAACAAGUGCACGGCCGCCGUGGAGCAGCUGCCCCUGCCGCGCCGCAUGGGCGAAUACCUGAAGCAAUAUCCUUUCCAGCUCUGAAACGCGGCCCUUCUCCCUCAGGCACCAACGACUGAAGCACGAGAACUUUGUGUCUCUGUCCCGCUAAAGGUGGGCACAGUGAYGACCUGAUUAUCAGCAGAGACUGCAUCCAUCUUUCCUCUCCCCUUCUCUUCACAUCCAUUCCAGCCCCAGGGAGGAGUGGGUUGUUUCAGUGAGCAUUGGGACACCAGCUGAGCUCUGACCCUCGGGCUGUGCCGGCAGUGGCUGUGAGAAGCUCUGUAGGCACAGCCACACUACUUGAAUGUCAGAGUUGCUGUGACACCGGACAUGUUAACGUUGUUAUUUUCGCUAUUUAUUUCCAUGGCAGUUUCUCUCCUCAUGGUAUUUUUAAAGCACCUUUUACUUUA